AUGGAAGGACAUACUGUAAAGUCACCAAGUCUUGAAGAGAAGCGACAAGAAUUUCGGAAAUAUCUAGAAUCGACAGGCGUAACUGAGAAGCUUACAAAUGCACUCAUGAAACUUUAUCAACAUGAAACCAAGCCUGAAGAUCCAAUUGCUUAUAUUCGAAAGCAAUUGUGUGAAGAUUGUCCGGAUGUUGAGAAAGUCGUCGAAAUGCAGACCAAAAUUGAUGAGCUAGUCAAGGAGAAAAAACAGGCUGCAGCUGAUAUAGCUAUCACAAAGAGUCAAGUCAAAAAGACUGCUAGCGAAAUAGAUUUGAUUAUUAACACAAAAUAUCAAGAAUUAAAAGCCCACGAGACUGGAAAUUCCUUGCUCAAAGAAUAUCUGACAGAUGAUAAUUUUGAAAAACUCAAAGCCUUAAAAACGGAUGUUAAUGGCACAUUACUUGACAAUAUUCAAAGUGGCCUUAAUAAUUUUGAUUCCGAUAUUGGAAUUUUUGCAUCAGACAAGAAUGCUUAUGAUGUUUUUGAUGGACUAUUUGCUGGUGUUUUGGAAGACUUUCAUGAGAUUGAAGGAGACACAAAACAUCCAGAAAGUAAAUGGGGAGAUUCUCAUGAAUUAGAGGAUUUAGAUCCAGAGUCAAAUUUUAUAAAAUCUAUUCGGAUUGUUAUUGGUCGUGCAUUAAAAGAGUUUGAGUAUAUGCCACUGUUGACUGUCGAAAAAUUUGAGAAAAUUGAGGAAAAGAUUCGCAAAGCAUUAAUAAAAAUCGACGAUGAAGAAUAUAAAGGAACAUAUCAUACAUUGAGUUCAAUCGAAGAUGAUGAACAGAAGAAAUGGAUUGAAGACGGAACUUUAUUUCCAGAACCUGAAGAUAAAUUCUUAAAGGCAGCUGAAACAUUUCGCUGUUGGCCGAAAGGAAGAGGAAUUUUUAAGAAUGAGAAAAAUAAUGUCCGUGCAUGGAUAAAUGUGGAAGAGCAUGUACAAUUCAUAUCAGUUGACGAAGGUGCUAAUCUCCAAAAAGUCUAUGAACGUCUGAACAAAAUCAUUGAGCUUGUAGGUGAGUUGGAAUUUGCUAAGCAUGAACGCUGGGGAUAUUUGGCACAUAAUCUCAAAAAUAUCGGAAAUACAAUGAGAAUCAUUGUUAAAGUUAAAAUCCCUAAAUUAUCUCUCGAAGAAAAUUCCAACAAGUUUGAGACUUUAUUGGAAGCAACUCAUAUUAAAGCUAAAAAUUUGGGUAGUGGAUAUUAUGAAUUAAUGAGUACAAAGCGUGUUGGGCUCACUGAAAUUGAAACAGCUCGCGAUUUCCAGAAAGGAAUCAAGGAAAUAAUCACAGCUGAAAAGUGCUUGUAUUUGUAA